AUGAGUAAUAAAUUAACAGCUACACAGAGAAAAGGAUACAACACAAUUUUAAACUUGACAGAUGAAGAAUUGAUUGGAACGUUACGUUUGGAGCCAGUAAAAACAAAAAAGAAUUCAACAACAGGUACAAUGUAUAAAAAUUGUCAAUCUGAACGUUUUGUCGCUGCCUUAUGUGAUCCAAGAACUUCUUAUGAAUUUAAAUCCAAGGAGAUUUUUGAAAUUGUUGAACCUCAAAACGUUGAAUAUAAGAAGUUUACUAUCAAAUUAACAUUGAAAAGUCAUCCUACAAGUGCCUUGAGUAAAGAUGAUAUCAAGAAUAUCAAAGCUUACAUUGAUUGGUGUGAAAAGCAACACCAUUUGGAGAUAUUUAUGCAACCAGAUUUGAAUAUUUCAGAUGUUACAAGUUACUUGAAUAAAGUUGGUUCUUUGAAGUCGGAUAAAGAAAUUGAUGAUGAUGUUAGCAAAAUUAACCUAGAAAGGAUUCCAAGGGUUUUUAUUCGCAUUAAAACUCCAGAAUUUUUCAGAUGUUUCCAUCAACUAUUGAACAUUUAUUCAAAUUCAUUAUUAAAUUCAAGUCAUUAUGCACAAUUCAAAUUGAUUGGGAAAGUUUUCCAAAGGCAGAGAUCAAAUUUUAUAAGUAUUGAAGGAACAAUACCUCAUCGUAAUUGUGCUUAUUUCUUCAAGCCAUCAAAGUCAAGUAGUAAAUAUUUAAUCAAUAGUGAAUAUUUAAAGACAUACUCAAGUACGUUUAAGAAGACUGAUCUUGGAAUUUCUUCAUCAAAUCUUCAAAAGAAAUUUUAUUCGAUAUAUGAUAUGGAUUGUCCAAAUGAUAAGAUCAACAUCAAAAAGAAUGCAGACAAGCUGCCUGAAGAAGAUUCUUUACCACCUUUUUCAAACAUUGAAUGA